CAGGUCCUGCGGCAGACGGAGCCGAGCCCCAACCAGGAAGGGAGUCCGAGCACUGGGACUUCAACGCCACCAUCUCCAAGACUCGGUUUGGGGUGAAAGAUGGCGCUGACUGGGUACAGCUGGCUGCUCCUCAGUGCCACAUUCCUGAAUGUGGGGGCUGAGAUCUCUAUCACCCUGGAGCCUGCCCAGCCAACCGAAGGGGACAACGUCACGCUGGUCGUCCAUGGGCUUUCGGGGGAACUGCUCGCCUACAACUGGUACGCGGGGCCCACACUCAGCGUAUCGUACCUGGUGGCCAGCUACAUCGUGAGCACAGGCGAUGAGACUCCUGGCCCGGCCCACACGGGGCGGGAGGCUGUGCGCCCCGAUGGCAGCCUGGACAUCCAGGGCGUCCUGCCCCGGCACUCAGGCACCUACAUCCUGCAGACGUACAACAGGCAGUUUCAGACUGAGGUGGGCUACGGACACAUGCAGGUCUAUGAGAUCCUGGCCCAGCCCACAGUCUUGGCCAACAGCACGGCACUGGUGGAGCGUCGAGACACCCUGCGCCUUAUGUGCGGCAGCCCCAGCACCACAGCCGAGGUCCGCUGGUUCUUCAACGGUGGGGCCCUGCCUGUCGCUCUCCGCCUGGGCCUGUCCCCCGACGGCCGGGUGCUGGCCAGGCAUGGCAUCCGCCGGGAGGAGGCCGGUGCCUAUCAAUGUGAGGUGUGGAACGCGGUCAGUGCCAGCCGCAGCGAGCCCAUCAACCUGACCGUGUACUUUGGCCCAGAACGUGUGGCCAUCCUCCAGGAUUCCACCACCCGCACAGGCUGCACCAUCAAAGUUGACUUCAACACGUCCCUCACCCUGUGGUGCGUGUCCAGGUCCUGCCCAGAGCCCGAGUAUGUGUGGGCCUUCAAUGGGCAGGCCCUAAAGAACGGUCAAGACCACAUCAACAUCAGCAGUAUGACAGCUGCCCAGGAGGGGACAUACACAUGUAUUGCGAAGAACACCAAGACCCUGCUAUCUGGAUCUGCCUCAGUCGUGGUCAAGCUCUCUGCUGCAGCAGUUGCCAUGAUGAUCGUGCCCGUGCCCACCAAGCCAAUGGAGGGCCAGGACGUGACGCUGACCGUGCAGGGCUACCCCAAGGACCUGCUGGUCUACGCCUGGUACCGCGGGCCUGCCUCCGAGCCCAACCGGCUGCUCAGCCAGCUGCCGUCAGGAACCUGGAUUGCAGGCCCCGCGCACACAGGCCGGGAGGUGGGCUUCCCUAACUGCUCACUGUUGGUGCAAAAGCUGAACCUCACAGACACUGGCCGCUACACACUCAAGACCGUCACACUGCAGGGCAAGACCGAGACACUGGAAGUGGAGCUGCAGGUGGCCCGUGAGUGUGUGGGAAAGGGCAAGGCAUGCCCCUUUUUAGACAAGGGCUCCCAAAAGGAGCCUUUGCUUCCUCCAUCAGGCUGGGGGACAUAGACCAAAGAUGGAUAUCCCUCCCCCAUCAGACUGAAGGAAGAGGCCUUGUCUCCUCCAUCUAACUUGGGAGUCCCCAAAUAGGGCUCUGCCUCUUCUAUCAAACUAAUGACCUACACUGUGGGUAGACUGGCCUCCUCCAUCAGACUGAGGGUUGAUAAAGGGGACCCCCAUGCCUUCUCUCUCAAAUAAGAGGUACAGCAGACUGAAGGUUUUAAAAGAGAAGGCAUAGUCUGACGGUGGAGCAUCCUUUUUCCUGCAGACAGGUGGACCCUAAAACAUAGGGUCCAUAUUGGGGAAAUGGGUUAAUGAUGGGAGUUUACCUCUCCUAUCAGACUGCAGGCAUAGAGUAAGGAUGAAUCAGAUGGGGAGAUCCUAUGCAAUGGGGAUCAUGUCUCCUCCUUUCUAUUAUCGUGAGGGCAAAGUUUCUAUCAUCAGAUGGUGGAGUUUCUCUUUCAAACUGAAAUAAGGAUGGUCGACUCCAUUAGGAUGGAGGCUUCUACGUGUGGAAGUUGUGUCUCCUCCAUCAGAAUGGAAGUUCCCAGAUGUU